AUGGCAGAGGGAGGGAGCCCUGAUUUCAACUCUGAAACGCUCAAAGAUCAAGCCAAGCGGCUGAUAACUGGCUUACCCAGCUUCGAGUAUCAAUUUGAACAAUACUGUUCGUCUGGAAGACAGCACAUAACCAUCCUGCUGUGUGGAAAAACAGGUGUAGGCAAAUCGCAUUUGACGAACGCGCUCGUUGGAAAACGUCUGGCCAGAGAAGGCGAAGAUCUCAAUGCAGAAACAUAUGAGGUAAAUUAAAGAAGACAGUGCAACUCUUGGUCAAGCAUCUUUACACAUAUCGCACAAGAAGGCGCAUAGCGCCACUAGGUUUUUCCGACCAAUAUCACCUAUUUUCUUCUACCUGAAGUAUUCUCUUCUACCUUUAUACGUCUUUUGUUUCCUAUUCCUCUCUUAAUCUCCAAGAGGUGACAGCAUUGUAUGUCCUGUUUUUUGAUAGGUAACACCUUACAACUUCUCAAUGAACGGCGUGGGUGUAACGAUAGUCGACACUCCUGGGUUGGCAGAUGGCACUGGAAACGAAGAAGUGUAUCUAAAAAAAAUCAAAGAAAAUGUAACCGGUUUUGACGCAUUCAUUUUCUGCACUGAGAUGAGUAAUCGCCGAAUCAGGAACGACGAUAUUAUAACGAUUCAGAAGCUAACUGAAGCCUUCGGUCCACAGCUUUGGGAGCACGCUGUUGUUGCAUUAACAUUUGCUAAUGAGGUUCACCCACCACCCAGCAAUAGUGACGUGACGGAACAGGAGUUUUCGAUGACCGCCUCCGAAAAUUUAAGAAGAAGAUUCAAGAAGUCGUAUUAA